AUGCAGCUUCCCCAAAAAUCUACAGAGCAGUCGCCGCUGCUUCCGCAGCCGGCCCCAGCAAGCCCACCGCUUCCAGCAAACUUGCCGCUCAUCAUUGUGUCUCUGUGGACCGGCUCGUUUCUCUCGGCAGCCGACUCCACCAUCGUGUCGACCACGGCCAACACCAUUGCCUCGCUGCUUCACGACUCCAAUAAACUCGCCUGGAUCGGCACGAGCUACCUGCUGACGAAUGCGAUUUUCCAGCCGCUGAUGGGAAAAAUCAGCGAGGUGUUCGGCCGCAAAUCGAGUCUCCUGUUCGCGCAGUUCUGGUUUGGAUUGGGCUGUCUGCUGUGUGCCUGCUCGCGGUCGGUGACUCAAUUUGCUGUUGCGCGGGCAUUGGCGGGAAUCGGCGGCGGCGGCAUUUCUGCCCUGAGCUCCAUCGUCGUCACCGACGUCGUUCCGCUCAGAAUGCGCGGCAUGUACCAGGGGUACGCGAACCUCGUGUACGGCCUAGGACAAUUUGUUGGUCCUAUCAUUGGCGGUAUUUGUUUGGGACUGGACCCCCAGAACGGCUGGAGAUGGAUGUUUGGCUGUCAGGUGCCGCUCGUGGUUCUUGCCGCUUGCCUGGUCGCCACCAAUGUGCACGAGUACAUUGACGACGCAGAGGAACGCAUGCGGGAACGCUUCAGCAAGGAAAACUUUGCCAAGAUCGACCUGGCCGGCUCGCUGACCCUGGCGUUGCUCAUUGCAAGCGUGCUUCUCCUGUUCUCGUCGACCACCCGCGCCGAGGGGCUCACCUACGUGGCCAGUGCCGCUGUCUCCGGCGUGCUAUUUUACCUGGUGGAGUCGAGACUUGCUUCAGAGCACAUCAUCCCGCCCUUCGCUUUCCAAGGAGUUUUGCGCCUGGGCGCGCUCACGGCAAUGUUUGGAACCAUGACGCUGUACGGAAUCAACUUCAUCCUGCCUAUCUAUCUGCAGACCGUCCACGGUCUCGACUCGCUGCAGCUGGGGCUGUUUAACGGCUUUGGCGUGUUUUUCGUCUCGUUUGGCUCGCUGUUUUCGGGUUGGCUGCUGAAACAGGACGACAACGCGAAGGACGACUACGUUGUCUCGAAAUCCAUCCGCACGUCGAUUUGGGGGUUCCUGGCCGUGUUUUCGGGCUCGCUCCUGUCGCUCGGCGUUUGCCUGACGGCGAAGCCAGCGUUUGCGCCAGAAGACCGCAACUGGUGGCAGAUCGCGCUGCUUGCCGCGGGCUUCUCCUUAGCUGGUUUUGGGUACGGCAUGUACCUGGUGAGUCUGCUGAUCAUGGUGGUGGGCAAAGUCGGCCUCAAACACCAGGCCUCCGUCACCGGGAUGAACUAUCUGUUCCGGUCGAUCGGCUCCGUUUCUGGAGCAGGAAUCACCCUGAACGUCUACAGCACGGUCCUCAGCAAAGAACUAUGGCACUACUUCAUCAAGAAGAACAAACCAGACGGCGAGAAAAUAUACAGAACGCUCAUGGAGAACUUCUUUUAUGUGCGCAACGGCCUGGACCCAAAAUACGCCACUAAAGUGCUGAAAAUAUACCGCGAGGCCGUGGGCGAUUCGCUCAUGAUGGUGUUUGUCUUCGCCACAAUGGCCCUCACGGCGAGCGUCUCGCUCAAGCUGUAUAAAAAUUAA